CCUGUAUUUUGUAGGUAUGCAAAAAUUACGGAAUUCUUCUUUUUCUCAAUAAUCUCAAACAAAUUUACUCAAAAUGUUUUAAAUUUGGUUACUUUAAAGUAUAUUUGAUCACCUUAUGUUGAUAUUUCAUUGAAAACACAGAUCUACUAGGCAAAUAAUUAAAUUGAUUGCUUUUAGGUUACCUACUCUUCAUAUGUAUUAAUUUUCAGGUUUCCAGUAUGGGGGCUUACAAAUACGUGCAAGAGCUGUAUCGCAAGAAGCAAAGCGAUGUCCUUAGGUUCUUACUUAGAAUUAGAGUAUGGCAAUACCGUCAACUGACCAAGUUGCAUAGAGCCCCCAGGCCUAGCCGCCCGGAUAAGGCACGAAGAUUGGGCUACAGAGCUAAACAAGGGUAUGUAAUCUACCGCAUUAGGGUACGACGUGGAGGUCGCAAGCGCCCAGUACCAAAAGGAGCAACUUAUGGCAAACCAAAAAGUCAUGGAGUUAAUGAAUUAAAACCUGUGCGUAACUUGCAAUCUAUUGCUGAGGAACGUGUUGGCAGAAGGUGUGGUGGUUUGAGGGUUCUGAACUCAUAUUGGGUAGGACAAGACUCUUCAUAUAAAUAUUAUGAAGUUAUCUGUGUGGAUCCUGCACAUAAUGCUAUUCGUCGCGAUCCUAAAAUCAACUGGUUGGUCAAUGCUGUCCACAAACACCGUGAAUUACGCGGCAAAACAUCUGCUGGCAAAUCGUCGCGUGGUUUGGGCAAGGGUCACCGCUACUCGCAAACCAAGGGUGGAUCCCAGAGGGCAGCAUGGCUGCGCAGAAACAGCCUCCAGCUGCGCAGGAAGCGUUAAAUGUGUUCUGCUAUAUUUUUGUUUUAUAAUAAAGACUAUGUUGUAAGGAGAA